GAGAGCUCUUGAAGCUAAAAGACCCUUCACAAGGCAGAAGUGGGUUUUGUGAUCAUUCAUUCUAUCCCAAGAUGAUGACAGAAUUCAAGAAAGCUGCAGCUCAGAAUCCUCAGGAGGAUGAAGGGCUUCUGAGAGUGAAGGUGGAGGAAGAUUUUGUCUGGGGGCAGGACGCUGGCUCAGGGAGAAGUGAUUUUCUCAAGCAGGAGCUGUGCCGGCAGCUGUUCAGGCAUUUCAGCUACCAUGACGCGCCUGGGCCCCGCCAGGCACUGCACCGGCUCCGUGAGCUCUGCGGGCUGUGGCUGCAGCCCGAGACGCACAGCAAGGAGCAGAUGCUGGAGCUGCUGGUGCUGGAGCAGCUUCUGAGCAUCCUGCCCGCGGAGCUGCAGGCCCUGGUGCGAGAGCAGCGCCCGCAGAGCGGGGAGGAGGUGGUGGCAGCGCUGGAAGGCGAGAGAGGCAGCGGCGAAGCCGUGCUCCAGGUUCCAGUCCCUGGACAUGGACAGGAAAUAUUCAGGAGGAAGGCUGCAUCUCCUGGACCAGCAUGUACUGACCAGCUCCCGCCAGUGGACACCAAGGACCUUCAGGCUUCCUCAGAACCCUCUCUCCCACUGAACUUGGGUCAUGAGAGUGAAAACAACGUGUCUCUGUCAAGUCUUGACGCUCAUGAAAACACAGGCUCACAGAGAAUUGUGUCAGGACGACCUCCGACAUUUGCCUCAGAGGAGUCUGCUCAGCCUUGGGACGCCUCCAGGUCUGCGGGCCAGGCAAAGCGGCAACAGGAAAACAGGCCUGGGGAGGCUCGGAGACCAUCGUCUGCUCAGGACGGAGGUUUUAGCAAAACCCUCACCCACAAAAAUAUACUUUCAGGUGAAAUAAUAAGUCAGAAUGGAUGUGACAGACGCAUACAUCUGAACCCAAAUGAAUUUACACACCACAGAUCUUGUAAACACAGUACCUAUGACCAAAGUCUCCAGUGGAAUUCGGGUUUUAUUAUGCAUCAAAAAAUUUAUGUUGGAGAAAAAACUCCCCAACGUGGAAAAUCUCUCAAGCACUCAAACCUUAUUAAACAGACAGCAGUUUUCAGCGGAGAGAAAACCCAUCAAUGUAGUGAGUGUGGGAAAGCUUUCAGGCACAGCUCAAAGCUUACCAGACACCAGAAAACCCACACUGGAGAGAGACCCUAUGAGUGCAACGAGUGUGGCAAAGGCUUUGGCGGGAGAUCAGAUCUCAUUAGACACCAGAGAGUCCACUCUGGGGAGAGACCCUUUGAAUGCAAAGAAUGUGGAAGAGCCUUCAGCCUGAACUCACACCUCAUCCUGCAUCAGAGAAUCCACACCAGAGAGAAACCCUAUGUGUGCAGUGAAUGUGGGAAAACCUUCAGGGUGAGCUCACACCUCAUUCGACACCUGAGAGUCCACACUGGAGAGAAACCCUAUGCGUGCAGCGAGUGCGGGAGAGCCUUCAGUCAGAGCUCGCACCUCAGCCAACAUCGGAGAAUUCACAAGAGGGACAGCCUAUUCAUGUGAGGGACUUAAGUUCAUAGGGCAUGCUAAGGAAAUAGCAAAAUGCGGGAAACAUUGACGACAAAGUAAAUCCUGGUGGGGUGAGUGGCUGACAGCCGGCGUCUCUCCUCCCUCUGUCCUCUAGUGUGCGGUCCUGCCUGUGGUCUGACCUCUCUGCUUUCUGAAAGGCUCGGCUGCCGAGCCAGACAUUGAGCAGAGUUGGGGGAGGCAAAUAAAUAGGUUAGCCCAGCGGUGGAGAGAGGACAGAAAAGGAUCUUCUUAGAAAAUAACCCUGAUCACGACGGGGGGGGGGGGGGGGGGGGGCUCCGGAGAGAGUCGUCCUCAGCCCCACGUCGUGGUUCUGCACACGAAGGCUGCCGAGCACAGAGCUGGAGGGUGUGUGAAAGGGGACUAAGCACUGCUGGCCCUCCGACAGGUAGGGUGUGAUCUGCAUCAAGGCCCUGCCCGGAAGCACACCCAAGGCAAGAGGCUGGAGUCAGAGAUUCCAACAGGAAGGAGGGGUGUGGAAGGAAACGGGGCAAGAGGUGGGGCCAGAGGUGAGCAAUGUGUUCAAGUGGGAGGGAGCCUAGAUCUGGAGGCGACAGAUGCAGUCCUGUGACGGGAACCUUCCUGCCACGUGUGCUGGGUGUCUGUGGACACCUUCCUGGGCUGAGAGGACAGAGACUGCGUUCUGGGGCCUCUCGACUGGCCACGGACAAGUGAGGAGGGCAGAGGGAGUCGGUACCAACAACAAGGCCUCUGAAACUUUAAACCAGCACAGAAAUGCCUCUAUUCCAAAUGCCUUGCCCGUGUUCCCAUUUAUCCUGUAAUAUCCUGGUGAAUAAUAGAGUGGCUAUUAUCCUUAUUUCGUUGGAGAAAAUUUUGAGUUAAAAGGAGUUCAGUAACUUGUCAACAGUUAGAAGAUUAUGAGGUGAAAAGAAGGAUUCAGCUGCUCAUCUAGAGAAACGGUUGAGCCAUUACCCAGGGCAUCUGGCCGCUGCAGAGAAGGUUUAUGACUGUUUGUCUAAAGGAUCACCCCCAUACGAGGGUUUGACUUGGAAAAAUUGCCACGUCCAGAGGACAAGACCUUCAAGCUUCUCUUGCUCAUCCCCAUGACAUCUUCUUGUUCCUGAAUUCCUAGUGAAACUGCCACAGCGUGCGGCCGUGCGGGCCGUCCGGUGCCUUCUCAGAGUUGAGCCACCUGGAACCUCUCCCACUCUCAUCACAUGCGUGGAGUUUAUCUCCUUGGAUUCUCGCACUUACGACAGUGACACAGUUCUCCCGACCUGGGUUCUCCCGUGUCCUGAAAGCUGGGGGCGCUGAACAUAGGCUUUCCCACAGUGUAGUUUCCCCUGUGCUUGACAAGAUUCGAAUUCCAGGUGAGAUUUUCCCAACAUGUAUCACCUGUUUGUCUGAGGCACCUGCACAGCUGCCUUCCCCGUCUGCCCCCGGUGAGUCACGUGCAGGUCUCACCUCAGAGGUGGUGGCUGAGUGCCCGGAAGGUCCUGAGCUGGGCUCGGUGCUGUUGUCCAGCCUGGAAACUCUUCAUUCUAUCUUUUGGUUGUUUUUAUUAAUGGUCACCCAAGGGUAUCUUUCCCCAUAGGUUUUUAGAAAGUGGAAGGGAAGGCGGAGGAGGGGGAGGGGGAGAAGGAGAGAGAGAGGCAUCGAGAAGCAUCCAUGUGAGAGAGAAACAUCGAUUGGUUGCUUCCCGCACAUGCCCUGACUGACUGGACUGGGGAUUGAACCUGCAACCCAGGUGCAUGCCCCUGACUGGGACUCAAACCUGAGACCGAUGCUCCGGCUGACGAUGUGACCACCGAGAAGCACCAGCUAGGACUCCUGAUUUUAUCUUUAAACUUGUGCUUUGUGAGUGAGUUAAAUAGGAGAGAGGGCCCUGUGCCUGAGCAGAGGACAUAUCUGUGUUUCUUUGCCCCCCUGUCGUAUCGAGCAUUUGUGUUCCCCAUCAGCACAGAUUUCAGUGGGCCCAUGAGUCUUGGGAGUUCACUGAGGCUCAGAAUAUGAAGGGGAGCAGAGUAGGCCACCCCAAAAUGGGCCACUUUGGCAUGUGAAUUAUUUUGAGCUGAAGGAAAUCGAGACCCAGCAGACUCAGGAAAAAGUUUAACCGCUCCCUCAACUAUCCAAAAUUUUUACUGUGGGCCUGUCCUAGAAAGAGAGCUAUGAAGAGAGUUCACUUUUACCUGAGUGACCUUUAUGUAGGACAGGGCAACCCUCAGAACCAAGCAUCUGCCCUUAUCUUCCUGCGAAUCACCUUCCCCUGGAGCACAGGCCCCAUCCGCCCCCCAUUCCUCAGCUCAGGGUGACAGACAAGCCUCAACUGCCUUUGGAUCUUAUCUUUGUUGGUGCUUUCGUAUGUACAAAAUUAAAAUUGUUUUUCUCUUGUCA